AUGGAGGCCAAAGGAGAAAUCGGGGGCAUUUUCCCAAAUCUGAACGAUGGUGUAGAGGCAGAAUGCACAGUCAUGGUACAAGAUAUUCUCCCUUUGCCAGUUACGGACAUUGCACGGUUCUGCCGUGACACCGAGAUUGCAAUCUCGCUGUUGCUUAGGACUGUCUGGCUGAUCGUCAUGCGGCCAUUUCUGGAAAAUGACCGUAUAUGCAUUGGUUAUCGGGACUAUUGCGAUAGCCCUCCACACCUAGCCUCCGGCCCGGAAAGAGUCAUCCAGUCAGAUAUACUACCUGAUGCCCCAGUGAUGGAGCUUCUUAAAUCAAAUCUCGGUACAGAGUUAGGGAAUCUCUGUGAUGAGUGCCCACCAGCUCAUAACACCGCCACUGCCCUGAUUCGAGAGAUCUCCGGAUCAGGAUUACUGAGAGAGGCCGAGAAGUGGAACUAUAACGUUGCAUUGGUCGGUGAGGUAGACGAGGUGUCAGUCUUGAAGAGACUAUCGCUAGUCCACAAAAGUUCGACUCUCUCAACAUGCCUCGCCGAAAACAUCUCGUCUACAGUCUUGCAGACCAUUGGGGAAAUCUUGACCGACAGUAAUAGACGCAUCAUGGACAUCACCCUGUUCAGCGCAACGAACCACGACCUUGUUCUACAGUGGAACCGCAAGCAUAGCCGGGGUCCAGCGACAGCUUUGAUUGAGCUGGUCCACCAACACGCCCACCUUCAAGACCUGGAGGGUAUUGGGCCACAACGAAUGGUCCCUGUGAUGAUCACCAGCCCUCAGUGGAUGACUGUGGCAGAAAUAUUUACUAUCAUGAAGGCCGGUGGCACUUUUGUGCCCCUUGAUCCCACCCGGCCCACCAACCGACUGGAAGACAUCAUCAGACAGAUAAACGCUACAGUCGCGAUAGCGUCUCCGGACGUUGCACCAAUAUUGUCAAGUCUCGUUGGCGUGGUUGUUACCGUAUCCCCGACAACGACAUCGAGGCUACCGUCCGGCAGGUCAGAUGCCCGGUGGCCAGACAUCACCCCCGACACCAUGGCUUAUGUGUUAUUCACAUCCGGUAGUAUUGGAAGGCCCAAAGGUUGCGUUGUGUGCCAUGGGGCUUUGGGAAACGCGGAAUACCUGUCACGGGCGCUGGGAAUUACAGCCGAGAGUAGGGUAUUGCAAUUUGCCUCAUACGGCUUUGCGGUGUCCUUGCUGGAAGUACACUGUUCCUUGGCCGUCGGUGCUACAAUCUGCAUCCCGUCGAGGGAGGACUGCUUGAACGGACUCAAUAGCGCGAUGGACUCGAUGCGGCACUAUCUGUCGCCACACCCCUCCGUUGGUCGGUGGACCCGAGUUUCCAUGCACCUCGAUAUCCAUGGUAGGAUCAAUGUGAAUCAGUUGAGAACCGCUUGUCUUGCAAUGAUGCAAAAGCACAGUAUCAUACGCACUGUCUUUACCAGUCUUAAGGACAAAUCAGUCCAAGUUGUCUUGAAGGAACCCAAUGUUCCGUUCACCUACAGCUCGCUUAGCCGUGAAUUUCAUGAUGAGGUUCUUCCCAGGACUACGCCUGUCCCCACCAAAUUGCCUGCAGAGUUCGGACUUGUUUUUCGGUCACAGACAGACCACUCAUUUACUGUACGCCUGCUUCAUGCUCAAUACGUUGGGGCUUCGCUCCCUCUCCUGUUCGCCGAUUUGGAGACAGGCUACAGUGGUCAGCUGCUCUCGCCAAUCAUAGCAGUUUCCUUUGCAGACUACGUAUAUGGCCGUGCACAGCUUCGCUCGGCAGAUUCGCUCACAUUCUGGAAGGACUAUAUACGAGGAGCUUCUCUGACCACUCUAUCGAAUCCAACGCUUGCAGGAUUGGACAACGCUGCAGAGGUAACAGCAAUUGUGGCUGGUGAAAUUCCCACGCCGCCACCUGGGAUCACCCUUGCGAUGCUUGUCAAGGCAUCAUUCGCUUUUACCUUGGCAGAGAUGGCCAAUACCGAAGAUAUAACAUUCCUGCUGGGGCUAAACACCCGUGGCCUACCCAUCAAAGGAGUGGAGGGGAUUGUUGGACCAUGUAUACACCGCUGUCCCAUUCAAGUGCAACUGCGGCAGACUUGGACAGUCAGUGAUCUUUGCCAGAGUGUAUAUGACAAUUAUACUACCAUUUCCCGACACUGCCAUCUCGAACUUCCCGACAUCAUCGAUAACUGUACUGACUGGCCGAGUGGUAGUGACUUUCCCCGCGGAUUGAAUCAUGUCUCUACAAGCGGUAGCUUCUCCUUCUCAUUGAAGGACACACAUACAUUGCACUCUCCAAUUGAUGCACAGGUCCAUACGACCAACCGGCUGGCUGUAUGUCCGUUCAUUCGCCGGCGACCGGACCUGGAGAAUACAGGUACUGACUUCGAGCAACGUGAUAAACAAUGA